AUGGCCGAUCAAGGCGGAUCGCAACACGGCAUAGCCCGAUCAUCCCGUGUGCGGACAGAGGAGCAGAGGCUUCGCGAUCUAGAAAAGAUCAGGAAAUACCGAGAGCUUGAGGAUCAAGUGCGCUCGCGCGUGUCGCAGAGAGACUACUCGCCCGAGACGUUCCAACUCACGUCCAAGCUCCUGCGCUUUAACCCGGAGUACUACACAAUAUGGAACGUCCGCAGACGCUGCCUAAUCUCUGGAUCAUUCUCAAAACCAUCAGCUGGGUCAUCAUGCUCGAAGGGGUCCUCGAGUUUUUCUCCUUCAGACACUACAACAACUUCUUCCGGCAGCUACUCGUCUUCAUCCUCAACCGCGACCCCGCCCAACCCCGCCUCCCAGACAGUUGGGAAGAGUGGUAUAACAGCUGAUCCCGAUGCACCCGCCACCGACGACACAAAACAGGACCUCGACCUCAUCAGAUCUGAGCUCGGUUUCACCAUUCCGCUCCUCCUCCAGUCGCCAAAGUGCUAUUGGAUAUGGAGCUACCGAUUGUGGAUCCUCCGACAAGCCAUUGAGCGACUCCCCGUCGCAACUGCACGGCGCAUAUGGGAGGAGGAGCUUGGGCUGGCAUCCAAGAUGCUUGGUAGGGACCGCCGGAACUUUCACGCAUGGGGCUACCGCCGGCACGUGGUGGAACAACUCGAGAGCUCAAGUCUCCAGGGCAGCAGCCUAGUCGAAGCGGGGUUCGAAUACACAGAGAGUAUGAUCAAAUCUGAUCUAUCCAACUUCUCUGCUUGGCAUAGCCGGAGCAAGCUGAUUCCCCGUCUUUUGGAUGAGAGGGCUGCCGACGGCACGGCGAGAAGGGCGUUUCUAGACAAGGAACUGGAUAAGAUCCGUGAGGCAAUUAAUGUUGGUCCCGAGGAUCAAUCCUUGUGGUAUUAUCACCAGUUUCUCGUCCUGAGUUUGGUCGGCCAUGAUAGGGACCAGACCUUCAUCCCUGAGCUGAGCCUUCAAGACCGGGUGGGAUACCUGAAGCACGAGAUUGAGGAGAUUAAGGACCUAUUGGAGGAUUACCAGGAUAUAAAGCUGAUCUAUGAGGGGUUAUUCGAGUACACAAUCUAUGUUUGCCAGCUUGAAGGCAGACGGCCAAAUGCAAGCGAACAGGCAGACCUGGCAGCGUGGCUUGCGAAGUUGAAGGAGCUCGAUCCGAUGCGCAAUGGACGGUGGACUGACCUAGAACGGGACUUGGCGGCUACUGCAGGUUAG